UGACUGAUCAUAUUCCCCCAUUGUAAGUUGAUACAUCAGCUAUAGAUCCCAGCUGAAGGCUUCACUCGGUUUUCCGCGACUCAUUAUCAGUCGCGCGGCCAUACAGCGGAAGGGUGUGACGCCCCCCACAGCCCCCACGUUCGCACAUCUUGAUCCCCCCAUCCUCCUGUGCGAAUGGCGGACGUAGAUCUCAUCGACAGCAGUGACGAGCACAGUGACAUCGAUGACCGCGACGAAGAAGAGGACGACGGGCCGGUGAUAGACUGGGUCGCACAACGGCAAUUGGAGAACGUGGUGCGGGCCCUCCUGCGCUCGGUAGCGAAACGUGGCUUGCAUGGAGAAGCUGCCGUCAGAGGGCUGCUGAACGAUAUCUCUGCGUCCGAAAUUAGGUCGAUCGCCCUCCGACUCAGGCAUUACUAUGACUCGCCCGCCUCGCUCCUGCAUGCGGGCAUGAGUGCAAUCCUCCAGGCCGCCCUGGACAUCCGCUCUCCGGACAUCAUCCAGCUCCUGCUAGAGCACCGCACACCAACGUCGAAGCUCCUCUACUCGCCUUCCGAUAUCGACUGGGCCCGCGGACAGCCUUGUUACAGAGGUCUGGUUGCCGGCUUGACUGAUCGAUAUGCACUGUCCAAUAACGAUCUGAAGGACGUCUUCGCUGUGCUCUCUCGCCUGGGACUUGGCGAGGUGGGCAUAGUGCUGGACAUUCUUGAUCUGGCGCAAUUCUGGUACUGCACCUCCGCCGAGCGCGCGGACUAUGUGAAAGUUCGCAAAGACGAUCAGCUCGUCUAUCUCGCAUUGCAGGUGCCAAAUACGCCCGUGCGCGCAGUCACAUUCAUCACCGAGUCUAGGGACCAAGGAUGGAGUUCAUUCCCCCGUCGGUACGGCACAUACAGAAGAUGUCGGUCGUGGUUCGAGGCUGGCAUCGAGGGAUCGGACGCACGGCUGUUUGUACAAGCAAACAUACAUGCCUCACCCCACUGCCAACGCCACGUCACCACAUUUGAUCUGGCUGCACCGAAAACGCAGAGGUGGAUGAGCAGCUUGCAGCCUGGGAAGGAGUUGCAGUUGAUCGCACGCGCUGUUGAGUACGGAUGGGAGAACAACGUCUACGAGGCAGAAAUUCGUAUCUACUCCCAGUUGACGCUGGGGAAGCUGGACGAAAUCUGAGGAGACACUCACGGAGGAAUGCGAUCUGGAUAUCCACAUACUAUGUUCAGGCCAUCGAUAGAUACCAUUGUUCUUGACCCUUUCGUUCUUGCUCUCUCGCUUUACGCACCCAACGACCCACCCGCUUGCUAGAGACAGGGAUAAUAAACCCAUGGCUCUGCCUCGUAGACAUGGUUCACCCAGCCCGGGUAGCGAGAGCACGCUAUCAGGCGCAGCUUUUCUCC